UUGACAUCAACACAGACGCCCCGCUGGGUAUAUGAGUCAAGAGAGCAUUUUCAUGUUUUUCCAUCCACUGGACAUUUGGCGAGGUUGAGGACAAUUUAGGCUAUUGAACAACAGCAAACAUGAAACGUGGAAUUUACAAGACAAACAUCUGUCGCAGUAUCUGCUUGGAUUUGAAUGGACUUAUGAAGUAGCCUAAAGAACGSCUAUCUAAAAAAGAACAAAUAGCGUGCAUUUGAUAGCCUACUUCUGGAUUGGAAACAUGAACGAUACACGUAAUUCCUCUACACAUACGUUGCCUGACAAGACAGCAGAAGCGAUGGCUGUACCCGUAUUAAUGUUUGCAGUUGGUGUCAUUGGAAAUAUAAUAGCAAUAGCCGCUCUUUCUGGAUCUAAGCAGGAGCGCAAAUCCUCCGCGUUCUUCGCCCUAGUUUGUGGUUUGGCUGUUACGGAUCUGCUUGGGACUUGUUUGGCCAGCCCAAUCACUAUAGCAACUUACCUCAAUGAAAAUGUGUUAUAUGAUAAUACUGACCUUUGUGAAUUCCAUUCCUUUUUGUUGCUGUUCUUCGGAGUGGCUGGGCUAAGUAUUAUAUGCGCAAUGUCUGCUGAGCGCUACCUCGCGAUAUGCUGCCCUUACACUUACCAAAGAUGGGGAAUUGACCAACAUUUUGCACGCAAGUGCUUGUUUUGCAUUUAUCUCAGCAACAUUGCAUUUUGUUGUCUCCCAGUGAUGGGCAUGGCUGGAAGCAUUUGUCAGCCCUCCAAAACGUGGUGCUUCAUCAACUGGAGGGCUGAUAAGACACUGCCUGCAACAUAUUCGUUUUUAUAUGCCAGUGUGAGUUUUUUAUUGAUAUUGAUGACGAUAGUACUCAACUUUGUCGUUUGUGGCACUCUGUUGAUAAUGCGUCGCAGGAAAAUCCAAAGUCCAGUUACAAGAGGGAGCACACGGGCGCGCUGGAGAGCGCUUUCCUCCGGUGUGGAAGCGCAAAUGAUGACGGUGCUCAUGGUGACCUCCGUGGUUGUUUUAGGUUGCUCAGCGCCGCUGGUGGUACGCGUAUUUUCUAACCAGAUAACAUGGGCAGAGAAUUCACAUGCAGAUUUGAUGGCUAUUCGGAUCGCCUCGGUCAACGCCAUCCUUGACCCUUGGAUCUACAUCCUCCUGAGAAGGACUUUGUUCCGUAAGAUUCAGAGAUUCUCUAAAGUGUUUUACAGUAGUCGCAAAGGCAAAGCACCCAUGUUGCCAGUAAAAUCAUCACAAAGGACAUUCCACUACCAAGGAGACAUUACAAACACCCAUGUAUUCACACCUCUGUGA